AUGGUCAAGAUGGAGAAAGAUACUGUCAAGAAACCCCCAGGGCCGAGAAUAGAAAAGCCAGCCGAGAAAGAUGGCAGGGUGCACGCGCAGGUCGCGGCUGCUCAAGUCCGGGAUAUUCUCAGUGUGUUGCUGGCAUUUCGGUUCAUCAACUCUCUUUUUGUCAAGACAUUCUUUCAACCAGAUGAAUAUUUCCAGGCCUUGGAGCCGGCGUGGAGGAUGGCUUUUGGGGAAGGCAGUGGUGCUUGGAUGACUUGGGAAUGGGAAUAUCAACUGCGGUCUUCACUUCACCCAGCCGUAUUUGGCGCCGCGUACAAGCUUGCCGAGACUGUCAUGAGUGCCAUGCAUUUGUUUCCACCCUUCAUCGCUUCCAUGUUGGUGGUUUUGCCAGGGGCUUUGCAGUCUGUGUUUGCUGCCUUGGGAGACUUUUACACGUGGAAGCUGGCCAUGGAUGUCUAUGGGAGGGAGAGUUAUGCUCCUUGGGCUGCUUUGUGGAUGACCGUUCUCAAUCCCUGGCAGUGGUACUGCUCAACAAGAACAUUUUCCAACUCUCUCGAGACAACCCUCACCAUUGCUGCUCUUUCCUACUGGCCUUGGGAGCUCCUUGCAGAUGCCAAGGAAACCAAAGAGCGCCUGAAGCAAAAAGGGAGACUCAACAGCUUGAGAACAUCCCUCUUCCUAGCAGCCAUCGCCGUCCUCCUUCGCCCAACAAACCUCUUCAUCUGGCUCGGCAUCAUCGCCCUGACCCUCACCCGCCUCACUCUCGACGGUCAGUCCCCCAUCACACAAACCACCUUCCCUGCCCUCCUCAGAGAAACCGUCCUCUGUGGUUCCGUUGCCCUCGCCAUCUCGGUCGUCUCUGACCGCCUCUACUUUGGCUUUUGGACCUUCCCUCCUUACAAAUGGCUCUACUUCAACAUGUCCCAGUCCCUCGCCGUCUUUUACGGCCGGAUGCCCUGGCACUAUUACCUCUCCCAGGGCAUUCCUCUCCUCACCACCACCUUCCUCCCCUUUGCCCUGCUGAGCAUCUACAAAGCCACCCUCACCUCCGCCAAACCCACCACCCUCCUCUCUGCCCGUCCAACAUCCCUCUCCACCACCUCAUCCAACACCCUCAAGACUUUGUCUUUUGCCCUCAUAGGCAUGAUCACCAUCCUCUCCCUAAUCUCCCACAAAGAAGUCCGCUUCAUCUACCCCCUCCUCCCCAUCCUGCACAUCCUCGCAGCACCCUACGUAACCAGCUUCUUCACCACCCCUCCCACCACCCCAUCCAAAUCUUUGGUGCUGCGCCACAAAAUCUUCCUCGCCAACAUCCUCUCCAUCAACCUCCUCCUCGCGGGGUAUCUCUCCCUCUUCCACCAGCCCGCGCCCAUCUCUGUCCUUUCCUUCUUGAGAAGUGAAUACGAGCGCCUCCACCCUGACUCCCUUUCUUUGAGUGCUCCCCCACAGGAACAAAAGGAAUUAUUCGCCCUGUUCCUCACCCCCUGUCACACGACACCGUGGAGGUCGCAUCUUGUCUGGCCGGGGCUGAGGGCUAGGGCGUUGACCUGUGAGCCGCCGUUGCAUACUGCUCCGGGGACGCCUGAACGGGAAAACUAUCUUGACGAGGCGGAUAGGUUUUACGCGGAGGAUGCGGAGACGGGGAAGUAUGGGGGGGUGUUUCUGAGGCGGGAGAUGUGGCCGCAGUUUUUUGAUGGGGGUGACGGGAGAAAAGGGGAGGAGAUACCGAGGUUUGUGGUUGGUUUUGAGGGGAUUGAGGGGGUGUUGGGGGAGUUUUUUGGGGGUGAGGGAGAAAAGAUGGGGGUGAAGAUGAAAAAGGUUUGGGAGGGGUGGAAUGGGCUUGUUAAUGAGGAUUGGAGGAGGGGUGGGAGGUUGGUUGUUUGGGACACGGGGGUUUAUCCUGAUGGCGGUGGGGAGGUGGCGGAUGGGGGAAGUAAAGAUGAGUUGUGA